UCAUGGCUGCAUGGCUGUGCCGGGCUCUGGUGCAGAGGAAUGGACGCUUGUUGCUGUCAUACCCUAACUCUGUGGGCAGAUUGUGCUCCAGGGGGGUGGGAAGCUCCUCUCCUGCCUCUGGGGCCCUCUCUGCUUUCCAGGACAAGCCUCGGACUGUGGAGGACCUGCCUAAUAUCAGCUUCUUUGAGCUGAUCUACAGGAUGGUGUUUCAGGGCUUCUACAACCGUUUGCAUGAGCUACAGAUCUAUAACAAGCAGCAAUAUGGGCCCAUAUACAGAGAGGGAAAGAAGAGCGUGUCAGUGAACACUCCACAGCUGCUGGAGGAAGUGCUGAGGAACGACGAGAAGUUCCCCACCCGAGGAGACCUGUCCGCGUGGAAGGAAUAUCGGGAUAUGAGGGGAUACGGCUAUGGGCCUUUCACAGAGGAGGGGGAGAGGUGGUAUAACCUGAGGGUGAUGCUGAACAAACGCAUGCUGCAUCCGAAGGAAUCCGCACAGUAUGGGGAUGAUAUCAAUGACGUGGUUACAGACUUCAUCAAGAGGCUCUCCUACCUCCGUCAGUGCAGCCCCGAAGAAGACUUGGUGCCUGACAUGGCCAACGAGCUCUAUCGAUUCUCACUAGAGGGUAUCGCCUCCAUACUGUUUGAGACAAGGCUUGGGUGUCUGGAAAAGGAAAUCCCUGCAGGGACUCAAGACUUUAUCCACUCCAUAGGCCAGAUGUUCUCCUACAACAUGGCUGCGUUUCUGAUGCCCAAGUGGAGCCGCAGUCUGCUGCCCUACUGGAGGCGCUACAUCGAAGGCUGGGAGGGCAUCUUCUGCUUUGGUAAAGAGUUGAUUGACAAAAAGAUGGAGGUUAUCCAGCAGCGUGUGGAGAACAACCAGGAAGUGGAGGGGGAAUACCUAACAUACCUUCUGUCAAACACUCAGAUGAGCACCAAAGACGUGUAUGGCAGCAUCACUGAGCUCCUUUUAGCUGGGAUGGACACGACCUCCAAUACCCUCACAUGGACCUUUUACCUGCUGUCCAGGAACCCUCACACCCAGGACAGACUUUAUGAAGAAGUGUCCACAAUGGUGCCAGCAAAGCGGAUCCCCUCCGCUGCUGAGGUCACUCGGAUGCCAUAUUUAAAGGCUGUUAUCAGGGAGGCACUGAGGAUGUACCCUGUAGUUCCUGUGAAUGCAAGGAUCAUUGUAGAGAAGAGUGUUGCUAUUGGUGGAUAUACAUUUCCAAAGAAAACCGCUUUCACGCUUCACCACUAUGCCAUCAGCCAUGAUGAGGAGACAUUCCCAGAGCCGUUCACCUUUAAACCAGAGAGAUGGCUCCGUGACGGACGUGUGAGGCCCAACCCCUUUGCCUCCAUCCCUUUUGGCUUCGGAGUGAGGGGCUGUGUGGGUCGGAGGAUUGCUGAGCUAGAGAUGUAUAUGGUUCUGUUUCGGGUAAUCAGGCACUUUGAAAUCAAGCCAGACCCAACGAUGGGAGAGUUGAAAUGCAUCAACCGCACUGUUCUGGUACCGGACCAACCACUCAGACUUUACUUUGUGGACAGAUGAAGUGAAAACACGGCUUUAUUUGCUUUUGCAGAUGUGUAUUAUUGCAAAUGUUACAAAUGAAAGAAAAAUGGGUUUUGCUGAAGAAUAUUUUAUAUCGUAGGAAAGCGACCCAGGUUUGGAUCCUUUGCUAUGACAAAUAUAAGUAUAAUUCACAUUUUUAAACAUAUAUCCUCUAUAUCGUAAAUGCUCUAAUACAUUUUAAGUAAAAGCUCUUUGUAGUCCAACAAUGUGCUUGAGGAAUUUUGUCAGCGCUUCAUACUUGUAAUAAAGAGUCAAAUAUUAUUUUGUAUUACAAAUGUCACAAACCAUAUGGUUAAACUUUCUUUAUCAAAGUAAAGCCUUACAUUUUGUAUGCAUUGCUUAACCUUGCAUUGCUAUACCUAUAUGAC